CCAGGUCUCAGAGGCAAGCAGGGACCAGAGGGCAGCUGGGCGCGCCAGCAAGAUGGGGAACCGGGAGAUGGAGGAGCUGAUCCCGCUGGUGAACCGACUGCAGGACGCCUUCUCGGCGCUGGGACAGAGCUGCCUGCUGGAGCUGCCGCAGAUCGCCGUGGUGGGCGGCCAGAGCGCAGGCAAGAGCUCGGUGCUCGAGAACUUCGUGGGCAGGGACUUUCUUCCUCGAGGGUCGGGCAUUGUAACAAGACGACCUCUGGUGCUGCAGCUGGUCACUUCCAAAGCAGAAUAUGCUGAAUUUCUACAUUGCAAAGGAAAAAAGUUUAUAGAUUUUGAUGAAGUUCGCCAUGAAAUUGAAGCAGAAACAGAUCGAGUGACUGGAAUGAAUAAAGGCAUUUCCUCCAUACCCAUUAAUUUGCGAGUCUAUUCUCCACAUGUGUUGAAUCUAACCCUUAUCGACCUGCCUGGAAUAACGAAGGUGCCCGUGGGAGAUCAGCCACCAGAUAUCGAGUAUCAGAUCAGAGAAAUGAUCAUGCAGUUCAUCACCAGGGAGAAUUGCCUGGUUCUGGCCGUCACUCCAGCCAACACUGAUCUGGCCAACUCAGACGCACUGAAGCUGGCUAAAGAAGUUGACCCUCAAGGCCUGAGAACCAUYGGCGUCAUCACCAAACUGGAUCUCAUGGACGAAGGGACCGAUGCCAGGGACGUGCUGGAGAACAAGCUGCUGCCUCUUCGCAGGGGUUACGUGGGGGUGGUCAACCGGAGYCAGAAGGACAUAGACGGAAAGAAGGACAUUAAAGCAGCCAUGUUGGCAGAAAGGAAAUUUUUUCUUUCACAUCCGGCCUACAGACACAUUGCUGACCGGAUGGGGACCCCGCACCUUCAGAAGGUCCUGAAUCAGCAACUUACGAACCACAUUCGAGACACCCUGCCAAACUUCAGGAACAAACUGCAGGGGCAGCUGCUGUCCAUCGAGCACGAAGUAGAAGCCUUCAGGAACUUCAAGCCCGAGGACCCCACCCGGAAGACCAAGGCCCUGCUGCAGAUGGUUCAGCAAUUCGCGGUGGACUUUGAGAAGAGAAUCGAAGGGUCAGGGGACCAAGUGGACACCCUGGAGCUCUCCGGCGGUGCUAAAAUCAAUCGCAUUUUCCACGAGCGCUUUCCUUUUGAGAUAGUGAAGAUGGAGUUCAAUGAGAAAGAACUGCGAAGAGAAAUCAGCUAUGCCAUCAAAAACAUACACGGGAUCAGGACGGGGCUGUUUACUCCGGACAUGGCAUUUGAAGCGAUAGUCAAAAAGCAGAUCGUGAAGCUGAAAGGGCCUUCCCUGAAGAGCGUGGACCUGGUGAUGCAGGAGCUGAUCAACACUGUCAAGAAGUGCACCAAGAAGCUGGCCAACUUCCCCAGACUUUGUGAGGAAACGGAAAGGAUCGUAGCCAACCACAUUCGUGAGCGAGAAGGGAAGACGAAGGACCAGGUACUGCUAUUAAUUGACAUUCAAGUCUCCUACAUCAACACCAACCACGAAGACUUCAUCGGCUUCGCAAAUGCUCAGCAGAGGAGCAGUCAGGUCCACAAGAAAACCACAAUUGGGAAUCAGGUGAUCCGGAAGGGCUGGCUCACCAUCAGCAACAUCGGCAUCAUGAAAGGAGGCUCCAAGGGUUACUGGUUCGUGCUCACUGCCGAGAGCUUGUCGUGGUACAAAGAUGACGAGGAAAAAGAAAAGAAGUACAUGCUUCCCUUGGACAACCUGAAAGUUCGGGAUGUGGAAAAGAGCUUCAUGUCCAGCAAGCACAUCUUUGCCCUCUUUAACACAGAGCAAAGGAACGUGUACAAAGACUACCGUUUCCUUGAGCUGGCCUGCGACUCUCAAGAGGAUGUGGACAGCUGGAAGGCUUCUCUCCUAAGAGCUGGGGUCUACCCUGACAAGUCCUUAACUGAAAAUGAUGAGAAUGGCCAAGCAGAGAACUUUUCCAUGGACCCACAACUGGAGAGGCAAGUGGAGACCAUUCGCAACCUUGUUGACUCCUACAUGUCCAUCAUCAACAAAUGCAUCCGAGAUCUGAUUCCAAAGACGAUAAUGCACCUUAUGAUCAAUAAUGUGAAGGACUUCAUCAACUCGGAGCUCCUGGCGCAGCUGUACUCUUCAGAGGACCAGAACACUCUCAUGGAGGAAUCGGCCGAGCAGGCUCAGCGCCGAGACGAGAUGCUCCGGAUGUACCAAGCCCUGAAAGAAGCCCUGGUGAUCAUUGGUGACAUCAACACUGCCACCGUGUCCACUCCGGCCCCACCUCCCGUGGAUGACUCCUGGAUUCAGUACUCCCGCAGGUCACCUCCACCAAGCCCCACCGCCCAAAGGAGGCCGACUCUAAGCACACCCCUCCCGAGGCCCACAUCUGGCCGAGGACCGGCUCCUGCCAUUCCCUCUCCAGGCCCCCACUCUGGGGCCCCUCCCGUCCCCUUCCGUCCAGGCCCCUUACCUCCUUUCCCCAGCAGCAGCGACACAUUCGGAGCCCCUCCGCAAGUCCCAUCGCGGCCCACGAGGGCCCCGCCCAGCGUCCCAAGGCGACCCCCUCCUGCCGUUCCUGGACGACCAUCCUAACCCCCAUCACUCAUCUCCUUUUGUUUCCAACAACAUGUCCAUCCAUGGUAUUUAAAAACCUUUUGUUUGCACUAUAUGUCAUAUGUACAUAAAAACUUUUAUUUUUGAUC